UCACACAUUUAAAACCGAUUUGUUUUUCCAACACGUGCAGCUGCGGAUUUUGUUUGCAAUGGGCAAAAUACGGAAAAUAAAGACACACACCCCCACCGGAGUAGGACUGGAUGUAUCCCUGCUGAAUGGCCAGGACAUUGACAGCGAGGAGGAGGGCUGCGGACCCAUUGAAGCAAUCAGUGUGCACCUCCAACGGCCGGAUGUCGAGGAAAAACUCAAUGGGUUGCAUUCGUUCGCGGUGCUGGCUCUGCGCAAGGAAAAGGUCCAGGAAAUCUGCCAAAGUAACUUGGUGCGCAUUGCCGCACCCAUGCUGUGCGACAAGGAUAUGGCCAUUCGCGAUGCCGCCGCUGGAGCGCUGAGGAAUCUAUCCGUCUUCGGAUCAGAGGUAUGUGAUUUCCUCGUGGACAAUGAUAUAUUGACUGCCCUGCUGUCGCUGGUGGCGGGCUACGAUCUGACGAAAUCGGUGUGCUUCGAGUCCGAACUGCAUGCCGACAUCUUUCUGCAAGCGAUACACCUGCUGCGAAACCUCUGCGAGAGCUCUCCCACAGCCACAGAAGCCUUCAAUCAGUCGAAUUUUCUGAAAAAUCUGCUGCUCUGCCUGGACUACCAGAAGUUUGGCCUGGAGAUAGCCAUUUCCGUGGCGCAGCUGGUGCUGGUGGUCUCCGAAAACAACUCCAGCUCGUGGAACCUGUUGGCAAAUGCCACAAUUCUGACAGAACUGCUUAAAGUGACGGAGGGAAGCCACAGUCUGUUGUACCUGAGCGCUCUGGCGGCCGGCAUUCUGUGCAAUGUGCCCGCCUGCUCAUCGGCCUACACCCGGGAGAUCCUCGGCAGUCUGGACAAACUCCUGACGAUCGACACGCAAGCGCAGUUGUUGGACUGCAAGAAUGAUAUCAAAGAUCUAAAGAAUAAAAACGAAGCGCCCGUACUGGAGAUCUCCAUGGAAACGGAGGAAAUGUCCGAAGCACAGAGCCAAAAUCAGCCAAAACCCCAAAGUGAAGCGGAUUCAGCUGUCAAGAAUCUGGAGUAUCUGUUGGAUGCGCAGCGUUUGGUAGCAGAAAUCAUCACCAACCUCGGAUCGAGCGACGAUCAGUCUGGUUGGGGCUCGGACUCGGAUCAGUCGGAUACCGAAAGUGUCGUCGAUUUCGAUAUGAACGAACAGUCGGCGGACAAUGAUGCGGGUGCCCUGCCGCUGAAUUUCGUGGCAACCAUCCUGCAGAACAAUGUGGUGCAAAAGCUUUGGCAGAAAUCGCAGCCCCUGGACCCCGCACUGGAGAAGCUGCUCUCGCAGCAGGAGAAUAUCCGCGAGAAGGUCUCAAAGAUGCGCGUCUCCUAUCUAAUUUGUCUGCAAAAUCUGAGCAACGUGCUGUCGGUGCAGGAUCUGGGUGGCCACAAUGACAUCUACAACAUGUGGUUCCAUCUCGGACAGCAGGCCUUCAAGGGUACAGAGGAUGCAACGAUAAUGGAGGCCAUUACCUCGCUAAUGCGCUCCGCCCUGACUUUGCUGAAGACGCGCAAGGAUCUGUUCAGUCAAAUAACCGAAAAUGAUCUAAACAUGAUCAUCGAGAGUGCCCAAAAGUCCACAAUUAUGGAUAUACGAGUCAACUGGAACCGCAUGCUCGGCACACUGGGCUGCCUCUUGUCGGAGGCGCUCGUGAAGGGCAUUGUCCAGUUCCUAUUGAAUUCCUGUGCCCAUGAGGAAGAUCUGUGGGCGCUGUCCGAGGGACUCGAUGCCAUGAUGGACAUCUUUGCGGACGACGAUUGGCCGCAGAUCAUCGCCGAUUUGAAUAUGUGCGAACGCAUUCAAACCCUCGAGGAGCAGUUUAAAUCAAAGUACAGACAACAGCGACGUGACCUUAAGGAUCGACGACCCACCAUUUACACCGUUAAAUCGAAUUUUUCACGUUUUGUAUAUUAUUUAAACAAAAAUUGUAAACAAUAAAAUGCAUUUUGGACGAAACAAA